AAGUUAGCAUAAAUUUAUGAGAAAAAAACAAAAGUCACUACCUUAUGUUAUGUUUGCUUAUCAAAAAAAAAAAAAAAAGCCUUAUGUUAUGUUCUUUUCAAUAAAUAAAAAAUAACCUUAUAUUAUCCAGUGUCAUAUAUCAUAUAGUUUUGUAUAUAAAAAAUUAAAUUAAUUAAUCACAUCAACAAAAGACACAUUUUGUGCAUCAUUGGAAAAACAAUUUUCUCCUUUUUUUUUUCUUCUUUUUUUUUUUUCUUCAUUUUCAAUCAUUGCAGAAACUGAAAGAAUAAUCGAUUCAAUUAGGAACAGUUCGAAGCACGAUCUCUCCGUUUCCGAUUCAACGAUCAAUGGAACCGUUAAACGCCGGCGGCGGCGACGAUAGGUUUUCGAACGCAAACUCCGGUUCCACGUCAGCUUUCACCUUCACCACCACAACGGCCCCUUCCGUUUCUUCCGGCCUUUCAAAGCCAAGAUUCGUUAAGCUUCGUAAACACAACAAUGUCUCCGCCUUCAAUCGCGACAGUUUUAUCACCAAUGCCGCCGUAACCGUCGUCGGAUCCGAUAAGCUUAAUUCCGGUUUGAAUUUCGAUAAGCGGAUUAGUGAUCGAUUGAUGAAUCUCAAAAUCGGAAGCGAGGGUUUCGUUAACGCUGAUGGAACCUUGCUUCCGGAAGAGAUGAGUAAGUUGAAGAUUGUAACGGAAAAUAAAGGUUUUGAUAAGGUUCGUGUUGAAUCGGAACUCGGAAACGAGUUGAAGAAGAAACUCAGCUUUAAAGAAGGUAACAAUGUAGCUAGUGAUGAAAACUCGGCCAAUUCGGUUAUUCAGCAAUUGAAUAAUUUGAAUGUGAAUGAUGCAAUGAGCAAGAAGUUUAACCUAGUUGAUCAGAAUGUUGAACCUAAUUUAUGCAAUUCUUCUGCAAUGCCAUCAUCAUCAGUAUCAGCUUCGGGUUCAGCUUCGGUGUUAUUUCGACCUUUUGAAGUAAAUAAAAAGGAUGAAUUUGUCUUUCAGAGUAAACCAGAAGCUUCAGGUUCAGCUUUUGUCGAGUUUAAGACGCAUGCACCGAAGAUUGGUGGAAAAGAAGGAAAAAUGAAAGAAAAAAGUGGCAAUGUGAGAAUGAAUAAAAGUAGAAUUAAUUUGAAGCAUUCUACACCGGUACAAGUACAACCUUGGAAUGCUCAUGGUUUUCUUUUUAAAGGAGUUGUUUUGCAACAAGAUCAACCUCAGGGUUCGCCAGAGACUUGUUCGCCAAUGGAGGUCUCUCCUUAUCAGGAAAAACUGGCUGAGAAUCGAACUUUGAGGGAAAAUUCUAUGACAUCCAACGAGUCAUUUGAUGUCGAUGAUAAUGAUAAUGUAGCUAUGAGUUUUGUUGAUAAUAUUGAUGAAGAUUUGAUUGGGGCAACUCGGAGCAUGAAUAUAAAUGAGAGUAGUGAAGUUGCGUGCGAAGAUAAAAAGGAUGGGAAUUUAGAAUGUGAUGUAGAUGAAAAUAUUUAUGUUGAUGAAGAGACGAAGGAUGAGUCUGUUUCUGUGGUUGAAACGGAAAGCUUUAAAUCUGCUAGUGAAAGUGUGGACCAAACUAAUGAUGAUGCAGAAACUGAAGCCUGUGAUGGUGAUGGAAUGUUGAAUUUUGGUUGUAGUUUUAGUUCGAGAAAUGAAAGCGUGAGUGGGUCUGGCUUCACCUUUGCUGCAGCUUCUUCAGCUGAAGCUCAAUUGUCUAGCCCAAAACGCCUUAACAAAAAGAAAACUUGGGUAAAUGUUGGUAAUGAUUCUUACAACUACACGCCAAAUAUAAAGGUUCCUUAUUCAUCAUCAUCACCAUCACCAUCCAUGCCAUUUGCAGAGGUUUAUGGAAAGUCUCUUGCUGCUUCGGCGCCCCACAUAAAAGCCAAAGUGUCUCUUCCUCAACCCAAAACUAGGGGCUCUGAUGUGAAUGAAAAGCACAGGAUAAGGGAGGCUUCUGAUUCUGUUUCUGCUGAAGCAUGUGAAAAGUGGCGCCUCCGAGGAAACCAAGCCUACAAGAACGGGGAUUUGCCUAUGGCCGAGAAUUGUUACAAACAAGGGCUUGGUUGUAUAUCUAAAGAACAAGCAUCUCGGAGCUGUCUCAGGGCAUUGCUGCUAUGUUAUAGCAACCUGGCUGCAACACACAUGUCUCUUGGUAGGAUGAGAGAUGCAAUUGAAGAUUGUAGGCUGGCUGCUGAAAUAGAUCAAAACUUCCUCAAGGUGCAACUAAGAGCUGCAAAUUGUUAUCUUGCUCUGGGAGAAGUUGAAGGUGCAUCGCAAUAUUUCAAAAGGUGCUUGCAACCAGGAACUGAUGUUUCUGUAGAUCGAAAAAUUGCUGUGGAAGCCUCUGAUGGCUUACAAAAGGCACAGAAAGUAUCAGAUUUCAUGUAUCAUUCUGCUGAGCUUUUGCAAAAAAGAACAUCCUCUGAUACAGAGAGAGCAUUGGAACAUAUUAAUGAGGCAUUGGUGAUCAGUAUGUACUCUGAAAAAUUGCUUGAAAUGAAAGCAGAGGCUCUUUUAAUGCUGUGUAGAUAUGAGGAGGUGAUUCAUCUGUGUGACGAGACCUUUAGCUCUGCUGAGAAGAAUGCUUGUCCAAUGGCUGCUGGUUGCCAAGUCACAUUUCUGGAUGAUUCAGAACUCUCAAAAGUCAUCUACUUCAGACUAUGGAGGUGUUCAAUAAUGCUUAAAACCUACUUUCACCUAGGAAAGCUUGAAGAAGGUCUUUCUUUGCUGGAACAACAAGAGGAAAAGGUGUCUGCCAUAAACAAGAGUGGAAGCAAGGUUUUGGAUUCACUUAUACCGCUAGCUGCCACUGUACGGGAGCUCUUGCAUCAUAAGACUGCAGGGAAUGAAGCAUAUCAGGCUGGAAGACACGCAGAAGCUGUUGAACACUAUACUUCUGUUUUAUCUUGUAAUUUGGAGUCUCGUCCAUUUGCAGCUGUCUGUUAUUGUAAUCGUGCCGCUGCAUAUAAAGUGUUAGGUCAAAUAACUGAUGCUGUCGCAGAUUGCAGUCUGGCUAUAGCUCUUGAUGGAAAUUAUUUGAAGGCACUUUCUAGACGUGCAGGUCUGUAUGAGAUGAUUAGAGAUUAUUCCCAAGCAGCCAGUGAUCUUAGGAGACUUCUCUCUCUUCUCAGCAAGGGGAUAGAGGACAAUGCCAAUCAUAAAGGAAAUACCAAUGAUUUGAAACAAUAUCGCAUUCGACUCUCUGAGUUAGAGGAAGAAGACAGAAAGGAGAUCCCUCUUGAUAUGUAUCGUAUUUUGGGGGUUGAACCAUCUGUUUCAAUAUCUGAAAUCAAGAAGGCCUAUCGCAAAGCUGCACUUAGACAUCAUCCGGACAAGGCUUGCCAGUCUUUGACAAAAAAUGACCAUGGAGAUGAUGGGAUAUGGAAGGUUAUUGCUGAGGAAGUACAUAGAGAUGCUGAUAGGCUUUUCAAAAUAAUUGGGGAGGCAUAUGCUGUUCUGUCAGACCCUGCAAAGCGGGCACGAUAUGAUGCAGAAGAAGAAAUGAGAAAUUCCCAAAAGCGACGCCCUGGAACUAUGGGUAGAAAUAAUGUAGAGAAUCAGUAUUGCUCAUCUGACCAAUCCAACAGGAGACAUUGGAGAGAUGUUUGGAGAUCAUAUGCUAAUGCAUCUUCUCAAAGUUCUGAAACUGGUCGACCAAGUAGGAGGUAACAAAGUUGCACGUGGGUUGCAGUAUGAGAUGAGUCAUGGAAUGUUACCUUGUUAGGUGGUGGUUUUAAUUUAUCUACUGCAUUUGGCUUGCCAAAUUUUUCCAGUAAAGUAAAUCCGGCGCUGCAUUUAUUAAGCUGUUAUGCAGCUUCAAUCCUUUGGGUUUUGAAGAGGUUUGCAGGAAGUACACCUAUUACUGCGAUCUAUGACAGCAUUUGGAGAAACUAAGCUGGUCAAUGCUUCAAGUUGCUUGGAGUGGGAGGGGUAGAGUUUUUCUCUCUUGACAAGAGAUAAACAACUAGCUUCAUUCGAUGAGCAUUUUUAUUGUUUUUUUCACUGACGAUUAAUUUAAGCGAGGAGUACAAUUAAUUUAAGCGAGGAGUUGGUGUGUGGCUUGGCUGAUAACCAAGCAUUGUACAAAGGAAGCUUGAAAUUUUUUGCAUUAUUGUUGAAAGGUCUGAUUUUUUGAAAUGUGUAAAUUUUAUAGAACCAUGAUGCUGAUAUUGAGAUGUACAGACAAAAUUAAAUUGUAAUACCACGUCAACGAUUGUAAUUAACAAAAACAACAGUUGCCGUUUGACCAGUUUGAAUCACUAAAAUUGAUUUUAUCUUUAUACUUGCUUA